GCUCCCAUCUAUUCUUAGGUGGUAUCAGAGCACGAGUGAACAGUGCCUAGUUGUUCUCUUGUGAGAGAGAUACAGAAUGGCUUACAGCGUGACUCUGAACGGACCUGGACCAUGGGGUUUCCGACUGCAAGGGGGCAAGGACUUCAACAUGCCCUUGACCAUCUCCAGAAUCACCCCUGGCAGCAAGGCAGCACAGUCACAGAUGAACCAGGGGGACCUUGUGGUGGCCAUCGAUGGAGUCAACACUGACAGCAUGACCCACCUCGAGGCCCAGAACAAGAUCAAGUCAGCUAGCCACAACCUCAGCCUCACUCUUCAGAAAUCUAAACGUCCAGUGCCAGUUUCGACCACAGCUCCCAGAAUUGACUCUCCCAGGGCUGUAAUUCCUCACCAGAAGGUCAUAACCAACACUGCUGCCAACACGGAUUUCACAGAGCGUUUCAACCCCAAUGUCCUGAAGGACUCUGCCCUGUCUACACACAAACCCAUUGAGGUGAAGGGCCUUGGUGGCAAGGCUACUAUAAUUCACGCCCAGUAUAACACCCCAAUCAGCAUGUAUUCCCAGGAUGCUAUCAUGGAUGCAAUUGCAGGCCAGGCACAAGCCCAGGGUGGAGAAUUUGCUGGUGCCCUUCCUAUUAAAGAUCCUCACGUAGACAGUGCCUCUCCAGUGUAUCAGGCUGUGCUUAAAACUCAGAACAAGCCUGAAGAUGAAAGCGAGGACUGGAGUCGCCGUUCUGCCAACCUGCAGUCUAAGUCCUUCCGCAUCCUUGCCCAGAUGACUGGAACAGAGUACAUGCAAGAUCCAGAUGAAGAAGCCCUGAGGAGGUCAAGGCCUACAGCUACUGAGCAUGCACCACAGGUUAUCACAAAUUCUGAAGUACUGAGCACUCAUUCUAGCUACGGUGAAAGUCCUGCUGCUUCUUCCACUUCCAAAAUGAGAGUUGUUACUACUGCCAGCAUAAAGCCCUCUGUCUACCAGCCAGGUAAGGUGCCUGCAAAGUACUGGAAGGAUGCAAAGAAAAAGACUUUAAAAUACUUCUCGGUUUCUUUUGGGAUACUUAAAACAGCACCAGCACCAGUUCAUUCCUACACCCCUGCCAACACGGAGCCUGCAAGUCGCCCUCCCUGGGUAACAGAUGACUCCUUUUCCCAGAAAUUUGCACCUGGAAAAUCCACCACCACUGUCACAAAGCACAUCCUACCAAGGGGUGUUCCAGUGCCAUCUCCUGUCUCAACAUCUGCUUACCCAUCUCCAGUUUCAACUUCUUCCCAGCCUCCUGCACUAGCCCGGGGCACAGUCCAGAGGGCUGAGCGCUUUCCAGCCAGCAGCAGAACUCCUCUCUGUGGGCACUGUAACAGCAUCAUUCGAGGUCCUUUCCUGGUAGCCAUGGGUCGCUCCUGGCACCCAGAAGAAUUCAAUUGUGCUUACUGCAAGACAUCCUUGGCUGAUAUGUGCUUUGUGGAAGAGCAGAAUAGUGUGUACUGUGAACGCUGCUACGAACAGUUCUUUGCACCAACCUGUGCCAGAUGCCACACUAAGAUCAUGGGGGAAGUGAUGCAUGCCCUAAGACAGACUUGGCACACAAAUUGCUUUGUCUGUGCUGCUUGUAAGAUGCCAUUUGGGAAUAGUCUCUUUCACAUGGAGGAUGGGGAACCUUACUGCGAAAAAGAUUAUAUUGCUUUGUUCAGCACAAAAUGCCAUGGCUGUGAUUAUCCUGUUGAAGCUGGAGAUAAAUUCAUUGAAGCUCUUGGACACACUUGGCAUGAUACCUGCUUCAUUUGUGCUGUAUGCCAUGUGAAUUUGGAAGGUCAACCAUUCUACUCCAAGAAGGAUAAACCACUGUGCAAGAAGCAUGCCCAUGCCAUCAACGUUUAAAAGAAGAGCUGGUAGUCAGUAAUGCUGGAGUAAAACAGAUGACUAACUGGGCAAUCAUAAAGUUGAUAACCAUAGCUAGCAUUUCUCUUGGUAAAAGCUAGGAAGUUGGUACUUCUGAAGUUUAACUUUAUCCUCUUUCAUAAAUGCAGAACAUACUUUUUGCAAGGUUCCUACAAAAACCUACUGAAUGAACAGUCAAAAGCAAAUGAACUAGUCCA